AACAUUUCAAAAAUAUUGUUCCCGCAUCGGUUUGUUUUAAUAGGUGUAAGGUGUUAGUGUGCUCUGUGUAUCGUGCGGUGCUGCAGUAACUAAUAAGCCGCCCUCGGUCCAAUACGACCCACAUACACCCCGGACAUAGAAGCCCUUGGCACCCUCGACCGGACGCAUAUUACACUGAGGUUUUAGAUGGUCAACUUUAAGAAGCUUGUUGAGGCUGGCAGAGUUGCUUACAUAGCAUCAGGUCCCGACGCCAAGAAAGUGGCAUUGAUUGUGGAAAUAAUUGACCAGAACCGUGUGUUAAUCGAUGGUCCGUGCAGUGGCGUUGCCAGACAGGCAAUCAGCUUGAAAAGGUUGCACCUCACGAAGCUAAGUGUUCAGCUGCCGCACGGCUGUGGGACCGCUUCUGUAAGAAAAGUUUGGGAGAAGAACCGUCUUACUGAAAAAUGGGAGAGUACUGUGUGGGCUAAGAAAUUGCUACGAAAGUCACUGAGAGCCAAAAUGAGCGACUUCGACCGGUUCAAGCUGAUGGUCGCUCGUCAGCAGAGUAUGCAUGAAGUUACUGACUUCAAAGUUGGUGCGUGAUGAUCCGGAGCAAAUAUUAUCUGUUGCUAUUGAAAUGCUGAAGGCGGAACAUUCAAAUUUGACCGUGUGCAAUUCCUUUCUGUGGCAUUUUUGACACCAAUUGCCAUUUGCCUCACUUCGUUGUAUCCGGUUACAAAUAUUC